AUGCCUUCAGGGAAUAAACAAUUAGGUAAUGGUAACCGUACCGAUGCAUCAAAGGAUAAAGAUGCUUUAUAUCAAUUGAGAAAAGUAUUUAAAAAUACUCUGAUCAUAAAUCCAAAUAAACAAAGUCAUAGCCACCAACACCAUGAACGUUCCCAAAAUCAAAAAGUUUCAAAUAAUAAUAACAAUUCUAAACAGAGAAAUAAUAUCAAUCCUAAUAUAACCACAUCGAAUAAAUCAAAGGACAAUAAGGUGGAAAAUGAUAACAAUAACAUAGAAUUACCUUAUAAAUAUGAUCAAUUGAUAGAAAAUGCAGUUUUUAAAACUUCAGAUAGAAUCAUAGAUGAUAUUUUAAUAGACUUAUCGUUUAUUAAUUCAAGUGCAGAUGAAAUUAAAGAACUGGGCUUAAAUAAAGGUAUUCUAAGAUUACCAACAACAGAUUAUUCAAAGUUUAGGUCUAGUUUCUCCGAGUAUAAAAUUAUUAACCUCUCAAACAAGAAUAAUCUAAUUAACUAUCGAUUUGAAUAUGAAUCAAAAACAAAUCAUCAAGAUAAUAAAAUUUUGGAAUUUUUUUCAAUACUACAUAAACCCAAAGACGCUAGUAACUUAGAUUAUGAAAGCAUGGCAAAAUUUUGGUCACAGAAUGAAUUUUACCACCUAAAAGUUUCAAUUAAAACAAGAAACCAAUUAGAGCUAAGCAAAAAGCAUACUCCAAUUCAGCAUUUUUACGUCAUUGAUGAAUUUAAUGAAGAAGACAAAUUAGAUUUUAUAAAUUUUAAUCCCGAUAAUCCAAAUUUGUUAGACUAUGCCAUUUUCAUCUCUAGUAACACCAAUAAAGUUGUAUUAGUUGAAAUUUUCAAAUCUGAAUUUAAUUUAAAUGAUAAAUUGAUCAUUUUGGAUGACCUUCAAGUAUUAAACAAUUAUGAAAAAUAUAAGAAUUCAAACCAUAAACUAAAACUACCCACUCAGACAGAUGUUUUGCUGGUAUUAAUGUAUUGUUUUAAUAAGCAACAAAAUUUUGAUAAUAUUCAUAGUAGUGAGGAUGAAAUAAAACUGAAAGAUAGUAAAGCAAUAAAGAUUAGUUUAAAUCCUUCUUGGUUAACAGAAAGAUUUUCCUUGAAAUUUCAAGAGGAUGAAUCAUUGAUAUUCAUGAAUUUGAGAAAUAACUUGAAUUUAAUAAAAAAAGAGAAAAGAAGAUUCGAUGUUUUUACAAGAUGUCUUUUAGAAUUAUUUGUUCUAAUUAAGUCAGCUCCGCAAAAGCUAGUUAAAUGUAAUAGUAAGGAUACCAAUAUCAUUAAAGUAGUCGAUACCAUCUCAAUCAAUAGCUCUCUUUCAUUCUGGUCACAAAUAUUGGGGGAAUAUAAAUCGAUAUUGUCACAAAACAAUUUUAAUCAAUAUUCCAAGCAUGCAGAAUUCAUAAAUUUAUCGAUACUGCCAACGUAUACCGAAUCUGAAAUAGUGAAAAACUAUGAAAUAUUAACAAUUUUAAAUCCAGAUAAAAUUGGAGUAUAUUUUGAUUCAUUAAAAUUUGUUUCACAAUGUUUGACGCAAUAUGAAAAUCUAGCGGAUUAUGUUAAUAAAAAUGAAAUAAUUGGCAAUGAAGAGUUCAACCAAUCUCUGAAGAUAUUCAAAAUGGAUAAAUUAGAAUUCACGAAUUGUUCAGAUUCUGUUUUAUGGGAGAAAUAUCUGACGUAUUAUGAGGACAAGAAUUUUGAUUAUAAUCAUGCAAUCCUGAGAAAUAGUAUUAAAUCAUUGUCAAUAGUUAAAAAUUCCCCAAUUUUAAAAUUCUUAUGCAAAUACGAACCAUAUAAAAACCCAGACAAUGCCUUUGUUACAUUAAAUAUCCAUGAAAGUGUGGAUUCGGAUACUAUAAUAGUUUCAUAUACAACAAAGAUAAAUGACAUGAAGGACAAGAAACAACAUUUGGAUAAGGCAUUACUGACAAUUGCCAUUGAUAGAAAGGAUUUAUCAUUAUUUCAUACAUUAUAUGAAAAUUGUAAGGAUUUUGUAAAUCUUUAUCAUUCGAUGAACAUUGAAUAUAAAACAGCAUUACAAGCUAUCGAUUCAAGCGAAUUGAAUAGUGACAAUGAAUUAAUCUUAUCUUUUAAAAAGAGAUGGUAUAGAAUAGAUGUAAACAAUGAUACAUUCGGAGAUGAUACUGUUAAUUUAUUAACAUUGAGGAAAGUCAUGAUGGUAAUAUCUUCAAACAGAAACUCAUUAUUGUUGAACAAUUAUAUCGAAUAUGGUAUUGUGAAUCCUAAAUUUUUACCAUCAAAGAGCUGGCCUGUUGGAUUAAAUAAUAUUGGGAAUACGUGCUACUUGAAUUCCUUAUUACAGUAUUAUUUUGCAAUAUCACCGUUAAGAGAAUAUUUAAUAAAUUUUAAUGACAUCGAACUUGAUGGGAGAGAAAUGAAGAACUUAGAGAAACGGAGGGUAGGAGGAAGAAAUCUAUCUAUUGCUGAAUUUCACAGAUCGAUCCAGUUUGUUUAUCAAUUACGCGAUUUAUAUGGCGAAAUGGUACAUUCUUCAUCAAGGAAAGUUAGUCCUAGAUUGCAAUUAGCCUAUUUGGCAUUUGCACCUUCAGAUACUCCAAUCGAAUUUAGAGAUGGAAUUCAAAAUGCAAUUGGCAAAAAUGAUUAUUACAGUGACAAAACCAAUGGCGGAUCAGAAUCAAGUAGCAUUAAGGGUUUAAAUUCAAAUCUAAAUUCCGAUUCCGAUGCUGAUUCAAGUUUAGAUUCCGAUUCUGAAAGUUCAUUGCUUACAUUUGAUAAUUUACCUAUUAUAAAAACUUCUACAACUAAUCUACCAACUUUAAUCCCUAAGAUUAGCUCCUCGCAGUUGGAAACAACACUAGAAAUGGGAUCACAACAAGAUGUGACAGAGUGUAUUGAAAAUGUCCUUUUUCAAAUUGAGGCUGCAUCAAAUCCUAUAUCUAUCGAUGAAGACAAUGAACAAGUAGAUCUGGUCAAACAGUUGUUUUUUGGUAAAACUGAACAGAAAAUUAAGCCCUUUAAUGAAGUUUCUAAAGUUCAUCCUAAGAGAGAAAGAUUUUUAUCACUUCUAGUGAGUGUCUCUGAUAAGCCAAGAGAUAUAUAUGACGCAUUAGAUACUUAUUUCAAGGAUGAAGUAUUUGAUAUGGAAGAAUAUGGUAAAGUGAAAAAAAGUUUAACAAUUUCGUCAUUUCCUACAAUCUUACAAGUACAAAUCCAACGUGUGUAUUAUGAUAUAGAAAAAGGAGUGCCCUUCAAGGAUUUGGAACCUUUACGUUUUUCUGAAAGCUUAUAUUUAGAUCGUUAUGCUAACGAUAUCGAUGAAAAAUUAGCGGAGAAAAAGAUUGAAGUAGCUUCUUUGAAAAAGCGUCUAAAAGGAUUGAUAACUAUUAAAAAAGAAUUAGAGAAAAAAAAUGACAAUGUUGAGAUUAGAACGAUUUCAAAAGAGAUAAAUGAUGUUGAGACGAAAAUUGAUACUGCAUUCUCUGAAUUUCACAAACACGGAUAUUCUUUAUUUGCAGUAUUUAUUCAUAGAGGACAAGCAACAUUUGGCCAUUACUGGAUAUAUAUAAAAGAUUUUAAAAAUCAUGGGACAUGGAGAAAAUAUAACGAUCAUGAAGUCACAGAAAUACUUCCAAUUGAAGUAUUUAAUUUUUCCGAAGGUAAUAGUUCUACUCCGUAUUUUCUUGUGUACAUCAAAAAUGGUAGUGAAUUUGAUGUCGAACCUUUGAAAAGAGAAGAUAUGAAUAAAGCACAACAAAUGAAGUAG